AUGGCUUCGUUGACUCCGCCACAGGCUCCUCCUAAGUGGAAUCAUACUCCGGAAGAAGUGUUGAGUGUCACCAAGCGGGCACUUGCGCAGAAUAAGGCGGUUAGUGACAAAGUCGCAGCUCUCUCAGAGGCGGAAUGCAAUUUCGAAACCGUUUUUUUACCGCUUGCUGAUGCAGAGGCAGAGGUCCUCAUCAUUUGCGAGCCUCUCGGAUUUUAUCAGAACGUCUCCACUUCCAAAGAACUCCGAGAUGCCUCGAACCAAGCGGAAGUUCUUCAGCGGGAUUUCGAUGUCGAGGAGUCCAUGCGUCUUGACGUAUUCAAAGCCAAGGCCGCUGCAGAGAAAAAUCUGCGCGAAUCAGGUGAAUGGGAGAAGUUGAGCGACGAGCAGCGUAGGCUCGUGGAGAAGAUGGUGUUGGAUGGCAAGAGAGCUGGUCUUGCACUCCCUGAGAAGGAGUGUGAGGUGCUGAUGAAGUUGAAGAAGGAGCUUUCGCAAGCUUGCUUGGAUUUCAGCAAAAACUUCAAUGAAGAGGACGGUCUUAUCUCGUUCACGCUCGAAGAGCUGGAAGGAGUUCCGGGUGAUGUCAUCUCGGGCUACAACAAGCGCACUGAGGGCUCAAAAGAAGUCUAUGAUGUCACUUUCAAGACGCCAGAUAUCUUCCCAAUCUUCAAAUCUGCGCAUAAUCCAGCCACGCGACGCAGUGCUCAAGAAGGAUAUGAAGACCGACUCAAACAAAAUGUGCCUUUACUUGAGAGGGCGCUUGACCUCCGUCGGCGCAUCGCCGCGAUGCUUGGCUAUGACACAUGGGCAGACUACAUCACCGAAGUGAAGAUGGUCAAGUCUGGUAAGAACGCCGCGGACUUCCUGGAUGACCUCGAGGCGAAGCUGCGCCCUGUCGGAGAGAAAGAGCGCAAAAUUCUCCUUCAACUGAAGAAAGAGGAACACGAGAAGCGCGGACUUCCGUUUGAUGGCGAGUUCUACAUCUGGGACUACAGGUACUAUGACCGCGUCUAUAUCGAGAAGACACUCAACCUCGACGAAUCUCUUGUGAAGGAAUAUUUCCCGGUCUCGGUCGUUGUUCCCACGAUCUUGAAGAUAUAUCAGGACCUACUUGGAGUCAAGUUCAUUGAGAUCAAGAACGACAACAAAGAUGUCUGGCAUCCAGAAGUGCAACAAUUCGCUGUGUGGGACAUGGAUGCCAAAGAUGAAUCUGCAUUUGUAGGAUAUUGCUACCUUGAUUUGUUUCCCCGCGCCGCAAAAUAUUCUCACGCAGCUGUAUGGGGCCUUCUCCCGGGCUAUGAGCUACCAUUGGGCAAGCGUCACUACCCGCUGACGGCAAUGGUUGCGAAUCUCGCUAAGCCAACUCCCGAGCGGCCCGCUCUAAUGCGACACGACGACGUAACAACAUUCUUCCAUGAGAUGGGCCAUGUUUUCCAUGGAUUACUGAGUCGGACGAAGUACGCGCGAUUUCACGGUACAUCCGUGGCAAGAGACUUUGUUGAGGCGCCGUCGCAAAUGCUCGAAAAUUGGUGCUGGGAGCCCAAAGUGCUCGAGAAAAUGUCUAGCCACUACAAGACACAGGAGCCGCUGUCGCCGGAUUUGAUAGAUAAGCUGAUAAGGAGCCGCUACGUAAACGUUGGGUUAUUUUACCUUCGGCAACUGUUCUUUGCCAAGUUUGAUCUCAAAGUGCACGUGGAUAAAGAGGCGGCAGAUUACACCAAACUCUGGAAUGACCUACGUGAAUCGAUCUCGCUCGUGAAAGGGGGCAAAGCCCAGCCAGGACAAGGCACCUUUGGACAUAUCGUCGGUGGCUAUGAUGCAGGUUACUAUGGGUACACAUACUCUCUCGUAUUUGCCGCGGACAUGUAUGCGACAGUUUUCAAGAAGGAUCCAUUGAAUCCUGCUUUGGGCAAGCUUUACAGGGACAAAAUUCUCUUUGUAGGAGGUAGCCGCGAUGAAACGGACUCGCUUGAGGAUUUCCUGGGUCGAUCGCCGAAUUCCGAUGCAUUCUUAGAGGAAGUUUUUGGGACAGUUGCUAACGCGAACCUGUAA